AUGCCAUUUGGACAAGUUGUAGUAGGACCGCCAGGCUCUGGAAAGACCACGUAUUGUCACGGUCUCCAACAAUUCUUCACUGCAACUGAACGACCAUGUGCAGUCAUAAAUCUAGAUCCAGGCAAUGAUCUGCUACCCUACUAUUGCUCUGUUGACAUAUGUGAUUUGAUCACUGUAUCAAAAGUCAUGGAUGAGCAUCGACUAGGACCUAAUGGUGCUUUGGUGUAUUGCAUCGAGUACAUAGAAGCCAAUCUGGACUGGUUGAUUGCUAAACUGAAGCCAUUUCAAGAUCGAUACAUCAUAUUUGAUUGUCCUGGUCAAGUGGAGCUUUAUACACAUCACAAUGGAGUCAAGAGCAUUCUUCAUAAACUGUCCAAGCUUGAUUAUAGGCUAUGCUCAGUGCAUUUGGUGGACUCGCAUUAUUGCACUGAUCCAACAAAAUAUGUCGCCAUGCUUCUCGUCUCAUUGCAAAUGAUGCUCAAGUUGGAGUUACCCCAUGUGAAUGUGCUCUCCAAAGUGGAUUUGAUGGAAACGUAUGACAAACUAGAUUUUAAGAUUGAUUUUUACAUGGAAGUUCAAGACUUGUCGUACCUGCUCGACAAGUUGAAUGAAGGAACAUUUGGACAAAAAUACUUGAAACUAAAUCAAGUAUUAUGUGAAGUCGUGGAAGACUUCGCUCUAGUAGGUUUCUAUACGCUAUGUAUCGCCGACAAGAAGAGUGUACUUCGAGUCGUGCAAGCAGUCGAUAAAGCCAACGGAUUUGUCUUUGGUGGAUUGACUAUGGGGAACGAUUCUAUACUUUCAGCAGCAUCCUCGUAUGGUUCCAUGAUGCAAGAAACACUGGAAAUACAAGAAAAGUAUCUUGCUUCAUCUGAUGAUGAAGAAGAUGAGAUUGAAAUCAAGGAGAAUGUGAUUGAAGAAGUAGAAAAUUCUUAA